AUGAAGGGACCCAAGGGUGUUGGUCGUAAGAGGAGAUCAUCACCCCGCGACGUCGUUUCUUGGAGCACGCUCUUCUGGUGCACCCUCUUCGUCGUCAUCAACUGCGCCCUCUUCUCCGGCUUCAGCUUCUACGCUUUCCGCUUCCUCUUCGGAAAAACGUUUCAACCAGUCCUGGUGCUAACAUGGCUAGCUCCAUCCAACAAACCCAUCUCCCCCACCACCAUUUCAGUUCGAGAAGUCGUUAUGUUUCCAGAUCAGGCGCUCGUUUUCCUAAAUAAUUACCCUCGUAUCGCUCAUGUAUUUACCAAAGACGAUCUCCACUGCGUUUACUUCUCAGCCAACGACUCGUCGCGGUCCCAGCCUCGCUUCAAUCAGCCUCCCAUCAACAUAGAUGGCGGGGAUUUUCAUAAUCAGAUCGUCCGGUGCCCGCGCCCGCCGCGUAGCCUCACCGUUUCGGUAGGCUUGAAACACAACCACGACGUUCCGGCGGUGCCCUCGUACAGCUGGGACUGGCUCGCCUACGACGCCCUCGUCGACCGCGACAACACCACCAUCGUGUUCGUCAAAGGUCUCAACCUUCGGCGCGAAAGAAUUUCCAACACAGCAAAAUUCGAGUGCGUCUACGGCUGGGAUUUCAGAACGACGAGGUAUCUAUUGAGAUCCGACGUCGUAUCGAUCGCCCAGGAGAUCGUACGGUGCAAAACCCCACUGAGUGUGCUGAGUUUCCCGCGUGGGCCCAACAAUACCGUGAAGGUCUCCGUCAGAGUGAAAGGCGUCGGAGCAAAGGGAAUACUAGACACCAUAGCCCGCCCCGCGAUCCGACCCGGACUAGCCAACCCGACCCAUUGGAAGGAGCACGAAAUGUGCUUGUGCUCGAUGGUGCGGAAUCAGGGUCGGUUCUUGAAGGAGUGGGUCAUGUACCACGCCCAAAUGGGGGUGCAGCGUUGGUUCCUGUACGACAACAAUAGCGACGACGACACUGAUGUCGUAAUUGAGUGGCUACGGAGAGCGAAUUACAAUGUGACGAGACACGUGUGGCCUUGGAUCAAGACCCAGGAGGCCGGGUUCGCCCAUUGCGCGUUGCGGGCCCGGGAGACGUGCCAAUGGGUUGGGUUCAUAGACGUGGACGAGUUCUUCCAUUUGCCUUCGGGCCUAGUGCUGCACGAUGUGCUGCGCAAUCAGUCCAAUUAUGACUAUGUCGGCGAGAUCCGGGCCUGGUGCUACAGUUUUGGGCCUUCGGGCCUCAGACGAGUUCCUGUUCAAGGCGUCACGGUGGGGUACACGUGUCGGUUGGCCGCCCCCGAGAGGCACAAGAGUAUUGUUAGGCCCGAGGCAUUGAACUCAACAUUGAUCAAUGUGGUGCACCAUUUUCAUCUUAGGAAUGGGUACGAGCCUGUGAAUGUGGAUAGGGGAGUGUUGGUUAUAAAUCACUACAAGUACCAAGUGUGGGAGGUGUUUAAGGAGAAAUUUUAUAGGAGAGUGGCAACUUACGUGGCAGAUUGGCGGGAGGAACAAAAUGUGGGGUCCAGGGAUCGGGCCCCAGGAUUGGGGACGAGAGCGGUGGAGCCAUGGGAUUGGUCACAUAGAUUUUGUGAGGUUGGGGACACUGGGCUUAGAGAUCGGGUGCUGCAGAGUUUUGUUGAUCCGCAGAGCCGUCUAUUGCCAUGGCAAGAGGAGGAUGGUGAUCGAGUGGUACAAGUGCAACAACAGCAAAAGGUUAUUAAGAGAAGUGUGAUGAUGAUGAGAAAGAUAAGAGCAAGGAGAAAGCAUAGAGUUUUCUUAUGA